CUCGGCCACGAGCUCAUGAAUAUUCAGCAGGAUGCUUCCGGCUUGCGACUCCGCCCCAGCCCCGCCCUGCGAGAAGACUGCGCUUGCCCCGCUUGCGCGCAGCUCUGUCGUCAUAAGUACGCGCCGCCACCGCCGCCGCUCGCCGUGGGGAACUGGAAAGCUGUCAUGGCGAGUUCGGCUGCUUCCUCGGUGCGGCCGCCGAGGCCCAAGAAAGAGCCACAAGCGCUCGUCAUCCCCAAGAAUGCGGCAGAAGAGCAGAAGCUCAAGCUGGAGCGGCUCAUGAAGAACCCGGACAAAGCAGUUCCGAUUCCAGAAAAAAUGAGUGAAUGGGCACCCCGGCCUCCCCCAGAAUUUGUUCGAGAUGUAAUGGGUUCCAGCGCUGGGGCUGGCAGUGGAGAGUUCCAUGUGUACAGGCAUCUGCGCCGGAGAGAGUACCAGCGACAGGACUACAUGGAUGCCAUGGCUGAGAAGCAAAAAUUGGAUGCAGAGUUUCAGAAGAGACUGGAGAGAAAUAAAAUUGCUGCAGAAGAGCAGACAGCAAAGCGCCGAAAAAAGCGCCAGAAGUUAAAAGAGAAGAAAUUAUUGGCAAAGAAGAUGAAACUUGAACAGAAGAAACAAAAAGAAGGCUCUGGUCAGUCCCAGGAGCAGCCAUCCAGUAGCUCUGAGGAAGCGUCUGGAACGGAGGAGGAGGAGGAGGAGCAGCCCAGCUUCAUUAUGGGUCGAUGACAGUGUUUGCUGUAGCAACUCUCUGCGGCCUAACCCAUGCUGUGACCAGGACCUCAGGAAACUGUCCACACAACCCGAGGGAAAAGGAAUGUGUGUUUCAACUCCGUUUCCCUCCCAAUGCUUUGCUGGAGAGAAGCAAGUGGGAUGCCCUCCUGAUCAUUCCCAGCCCCACCUGUCAGCAGGACGCUGAGCCUGUGGGACAGAGAGGACCGUCUGUUGGACACUGUCUCUUGGACACUCAGGGCUGCCAAGCAGAGUUCAUUCAUGUUCCUGCUGAUGGGGAAGAUGCGUAACCUUCUGCCCCUGAUCACUGUUCUGCUAUUUGGACAGUGAUGAGUUUAGGCUUCUGUGAAAGAAAUGUUUAGUAAAGAGCAGAAACAUCUUA